GCACCCCAUACAAAUCUGUUUCUGCACAGGAUAAAUUAUUAUUUCUUAUCAGUCUUUCUGUUCAGAAUCCUUUUCUACAGUGAAUGGAAUAAAACGCAAAUAUUACAAUUUGAAAACAAUCCUAAAAGCGGUGUGAGAGAGCAAAGAGAAAGAUUUCAGGUCUGAAGGUGAACUUUAUGAGUUUCUGCUGGAGGAGGAGGAAGAGGAGGAGGAUGGGGAGGAGAACGAGGAGGAGGAGGAGGAGGAGGGGGCUGCGGUAUAAAAGCUGGAGUCACUUCAGAUCUGAAGUUGAGGAGCGUCGCGCGCGCAGCGGAUUAAAAGGCUCUCCUCUUCCCGCCCUGGAUGUGAGCGGGUCCAACAUCUCAUCAUGAAGCCGGUCUGUCUCCGGAUGCUUUUCGCGGGAGUUUGAGUUGCCGGGAGUCCAGAAGCCGCGGAUGGAGUGAAGAAGAUGAAGAAGAGGAGACUCGAGGCUUCCCGCGGGACAUGGACACGCUGCAGUUCUGCAGAGGAGACGCGCGCGCGGAGGAUCCGGGUCUCCUGUGAGCUCCAUGAGGCGGGAGUCUGACGCGGGCAGGUGGAGGGAUGGAGGCACCGAGCCCCCCCGCCAACAUCUCCGGCAGCAAUGAGACCCAGUCCAACCUGACCUCCGGGGCGCAGGAGCCGGACUCCGGUCUGGGCUUCCAGGUGGUCCUGGCCCUGACUCUGGCCCUCAUCACCCUGGCCACCACCCUCUCCAACGCCUUCGUCAUCGCCACCAUCUACCAGUCCCGGAAGCUGCACACGCCGGCCAACUUCCUGAUCGGGUCCCUGGCGCUGACGGACCUGCUGGUGUCGGUUCUGGUGAUGCCCAUCAGCGCGCUCUACACCGUGUGCCAGACCUGGACCCUGGGCCAGGUGCUGUGCGACAUCUGGCUCAGCUCGGACAUCACGUGCUGCACCGCCUCCAUCCUCCACCUGUGCGUCAUCGCGCUGGACAGGUACUGGGCCAUCACGGACGCGGUGGAGUACUCCAAGAAGCGCACGCCGGCGCGCGCGGCGGGGAUGGUGGCUACGGCCUGGGUGAUCGCCAUCUCCAUCUCCCUGCCGCCCUUCUUCUGGCGCCAGGUGAAGGCGGAGGAGGUGACGAGCUGCAACGUCAACACGGACCACAUCUUCUACACCAUCUACUCCACCUUCGGAGCCUUCUACAUCCCCACGCUGCUGCUGCUCGCGCUCUACGGCCGGAUCUACGUGGAGGCGCGGAAGCGCAUCCUGAAGCAGGCGCGCAACAAGCCCGGGAAGAGGCUGACCUCCGCGCGCCUCAUCACCAACUCCCCCGGCUCCGUGGCCUCCACCACCUCUCUAAACUACGGCACGAACGACGCGUCGUCGUGCGGAGACCCCGCCUCCUCCUCCGCGUGCCCCAACGCCGGCCAGGUGAAGGUGACCGUGUCGGACGCGCUGCUGGAGAAGAAGCGCAUCUCCGCGGCGCGCGAGAGGAGGGCCACCAAGACCCUCGGGAUCAUCCUGGGGGCCUACAUCGUCUGCUGGCUGCCCUUCUUCAUCUACACCCUGUUAGUGCCUCUGUGCGCCUCGUGCUUCCAUCCGGGGCUCUUCGACAUCUUCACGUGGCUGGGUUACCUGAACUCUCUGAUCAACCCGAUCAUCUACACCAUGAGCAACGAGGACUUCAAGCAGGCCUUCCACAAACUGCUGCUGAGGUCCAGCUGCUGCGGGCCCUGAGGACAGCCUGUCCACACACUGGCUCCCUUUCAAAGGACAGCUAAUGAGCGUUAAUAUCUUACCUGCUGCAUAUAAUGCCAGCAGCAGAUAGCUGUAGCACUUCCUGCAAGAAUAUAUCUCUACAGAGAUAAUAUGAAGCUGGCAACAAAACAAUUUAUUUAGAAAUGUUUAAAAUUUAGGGGAAGAUCUUUAAGUUUGUCUGCUCUGAACAAAACUAAGUUUCUCCAACUCAGAGCUAUCUGCAGCAGGUAAGAUAUUCACUGUUCACAGCUUCUUUUUGUGGUUUCAAAAGAGAAGUUUUCACGUCAUGGACUGAGCCGUGGAAUUAUUCCCUUUAACCUGAGGGAACGUGUCUGUGAGUGUAAGGGCUAGGAGGAUGCCCCGCCCCCUAACACUUUCGUUGUCUUCGGAGAAAGCCCCGCCCCCUGAUCUCUCAAGUCGUCCUCAGACUCUGUUGAAGUCUUGCGCCACCCUUUUUACCGGGUAUUUGAUCAUUUUUGGUGGUUUUGAGGGAUUUCCUAAUUGGUUAUUGUUUUUUUCCAGUUGUACCAGUUUUUGAGGGGUACCCUACCAAUCGGUUAUGUUUUUUUCCAGUUUUAGCUGCGUUUCAGGUUUUUCCAUUCAAUCGUUCAUAUUUUGUUCCGUUUUAGACUAUUUUUAGGGUUUUGCUACCUAUCGGUUAUGUUUUUUUCCGAUUUUAGCUGCUUUUGAAGGGUUUGUUACCGAUUAGUUAUUUAUUUAUUUUUAUUUUUUCAGUUUUAGACCCCUCCUGUCCUCCUCAGACUGUGUGGAAGCCCCGCCCCCUGAUCCCUCCUGUCCUCAGACUGUGUGGAAGCCCCGCCCCCUGAUCCCUCCUGUCCUCCU